UUGCUCAUAACGCGCCAUGCGAUUCUUGGCUACGUGAUGACGUAAACUGAAAGAAAUCCGGUGGAACUCGGAAGAGAGGUGACUGUUGUAUUCUAAAUCAAAAGAUCAAAAUGAAAUCAAAGAUCUAGAACCCUGGCUGCCAUGGAGUCCGAGGGUAACGUGCUCCGCGUGGACUUCCCAAACUUCUCCGGAUCCCUGCUUCAGAAGCUCAACCAGCAACGGCAGAGAGGCCAGCUUUGUGACAUCAUCGUGGUCAUCCAGGGCCACCAGUACCGCGCUCACCGGGCCGUCCUGGCCGCCAGUUCGCCCUACUUCUGCGACCAGGUCCUCCUCAAAAACAGCGCCCGCUGUGUUUUACCCGACGUCAUGCACCCAUGUGUGUUCGAACGCCUCCUCCUCUCUUGCUACACAGGCACCCUGCACCUACCGGCCGGCGAAGUGGUAGCGUUCCUCACUGCAGCAAGCUUCCUCCAGAUGUGGCACGUGGUGGACAAGUGCACUGAGCUGUUAGAGGUGGUAGGAAACGGCACAAGAACAUUAGCGCACAAGUCUUCUGGUGGGCUUGGGGACAGGCCUUCCCCUGGGGACAGCAGCUACCACAGCCUUGGGGAUGGCUCCAUGGGCCUGGAGGCCGGCGGAGUAGCAGUGGAGGGCUUUGCCAAGAUGGAAAUGGAUCAGCUCCUGGAGAACAGCUUCUCCCCAUCCUCUCUGGAGAACAACAGCAUCCAGCCCGGCGGCAGCUGCUCUCCGCCGGUCGACCACGACGGCUCAGGUAGCGAGGCCACCAGCCAGGACGGGGAUGACGAGGAGGUUGGUGAGGGGGACUACCAGUACUCCAGACCAGCCUACGUCCCACCCAGCAUCAUGGGCCACAGAAAAUGGGUCCAUGUGAAGUCAGAGAGGCGUGAGGAUUGUGGGGGCGGCGGAGCUCUGUUUAGCGGGGACCCUGCGGUUACUGACCCCGAGCAGAUGAACUUUAGCCACUCCCAGGCCUCGGCCAGCAAGAGCUCCCUGGGCCACAGCAUCGACGAGAAGCUGGCAGCUCAGCUGGAGGAUCGCCUGGAGGAGGACCCGCUGGACUUUUAUGGCACCUCCAUGGAGGGCUUCUCCGGCGACAAGGCCGAAGGAACCCCGCUUGGGCUGAAGAACGACCUGCUAGGAGGGGCAACCGGGGGUGAGGAGAGUAGCGGUGGUUUGGAAGGAAACCCCAGUGGCCUCCAGGAAGAGACCUCCCACUCGGGCUUUGCCUCAGUGGUCUACAAAUUGUACCCCUGCCAGUGUGGCAAGAGUUUCACCCACAAGAGCCAACGGGACCGGCACAUGAGCAUGCACCUUGGCUUGCGGCCAUACGGCUGCGCCGUGUGCGGCAAGAGCUUCAAGAUGAAGCACCACCUGGUGGGCCACAUGAAGAUUCACACGGGUGUAAAGCCCUACGAGUGCAGCCUGUGUGCCAAGCGCUUCAUGUGGCGGGACAGCUUCAACAGACACACGUCCUCCUGCACCAGGGCCCACCAGGCCCGGCCUGCCGUCAACGAGCAGGCUGCCCAGAUCUGCUGACCCCAGAUCAGAUUUCCAACUACAGUUCACUUCGUCAUCUCCCACAGUCCCGUAUCAGUUUCACUGAGCAGGCUGCCCAGAUUUGCUGAUCCUGGAUCAGAUUAACACACAGUUGCUUGGAUGACCAGCCAGUUUAGGUGGAUAUAGGGUUAAUCCACCCCUUUUGAUUUGAACAAAACCUUACAUACAUAUUUGCCCAUU